UUCUCUUGCCGCCAAAACCCAGCGAGGCGUGGCGUGGCGUCCUUCAGUUUUCAGCCAUUUCCUCGUGUCCCAAGCCUCCCACGCGGAGCCAAGACUCUGAAGAAGGAGAAAUCUACCCAGAGGUGAUGGCGGCGUCGCUGAAGACCCUCGAGCUGGAGGAUUUCAAGACGUUUUACGGAAAACAUUUGAUCGGCCCUUUGCAGCCCUUCACCGCCAUCGUAGGGCCUAAUGGGGCUGGUAAAUCAAACUUCAUGGAUGCCGUGGCCUUCGUGCUGGGCGAGCGGCUGAAGGACCUGCGGGUGAGCAAGUCCUCGCAGCUCAUCAACCGUGAUCGCAUGCACAGCGGCAGCGAGAGUGAGUCCGACUCCCUGCCGCCCUCCACCUCCGUCACCGCUGUCUUUGCCUUGCCAGACGGGGCAGAGAGAGCCUUCAAGAGGAUCAUGUGUUCUCGAGGUUCGACGUUCUUGGUGGCAGGAAAGACUGUACCAUGGGAGAAGUACCAGGAAGAGCUCAGGAAGGUGGGCAUCAACGCUGCUUGCCGCAACUUCAUGGUGUUCCAGGGUACUGUGGAGUCCAUCGCCACACAGGGCGGCCACAUGAAGUCUGAGCUGUUUGAGAAGAUAUCGGGGUCUGGAGCGCUGGCCAAGAAGUACACGCACUGCAAGAAUGCAAUGGAGAAGGUCGAGGAGAAAUUGAGAGCUAACUUGGAGCAGCGGCGGAUGGUGGUGGGGAACCUGCAUGACUGCCGACUCGACCUUAAGAAGGAGAAGGAGUACAAGACCCUGGAGGAGGCGCGAGACAAGACCAAGCUAAAACUGCAGCUGUUCCGCCUUUACUGCACCAAGAAAGAGAGCAAGAACAUGGAGAAGGAGCUGCAGAAGGUGGAGCAGCACCUGGGGGAGGUGGAGGAGAGGAUGAGGGAGCAGACUGUGGUGUUACAGAAGAAGGUGGAGAGGCAGGCUGUGGCUGUGAAGGACCUCGUCACCCAGGACGGCAGCUUUCUAGACGUGGAGAUCGAGUACAACAGGAAGCGCAUGGAGAUCAUCACUGCCAAGGAGGUACUGGCGGAUAGGCAACAGAAGGUGGAGUCGUGCCUCAAGCUGCUCGCCAAGGCCACAGAGGGGCGGGAGGCGCGGCUCAGGGAGUUGAAGAAGUUAGAAGAGGAACUGACGGAAGUGGAGGAGCUGGCAACCAAGUACGAGGAGGAGCUGUCCCAGGAGUCGAUGAGGAUGGGCACAGAUAUACAGCUAAAGGAGGAGCAACUGAAGGAGUACCACCGUCUGAAGCAGGAGGCCGCCCAGCGCUCUGUCACCUACCAGCAGAAGCUCGACAAGCUCUCCCGCCAGCACAAGACCCAGCUCGACAGCCUGGCCAAUGAGGAGCGCAAGAUGGAGGAGGGAAGGGCAGCGCUGCGGAGGAAGGAUGACGAGGUGAAGGAGGCCAUGUGUAGAGCAGAGGCCCUGAAGGAGAAGUUGAAAGUCUUUAUCAAGGUAGCUGCAGAUAAAAGUCUGACGCUGAAGGAGUACAAGGAGAGAGUCACCACACAGAAGAAGGAGAUUGAGUCCAUGAAUAACCAGCUGGAGGAGGUGACGAAGCAGCUGAGUGAGGCCGAGUGUGAUGUGGACCAGGCCGAGCAGCAGCAGACUAAGGAGAAGCUGUUGCGAAUCCUGAAUAUGCUCUUCAAGGGAGUGUACGAUAGGCUGGGCAACCUCUGUGAGCCUAUACAUGAGAGGUACAAGAUUGCCAUCACUCGAGUCCUCGGCAAACACCUGGACUCCAUCGUGGUGGACACCGAACAGACAGCGCGCCGUUGUAUCAAGUACCUGGCAGACAAACAAAUCGGCCGUGAGACUUUCCUGCCUCUCGACUCCCUCAACCCGUCACCCAUCAGGGAGAGCCUCCGAGACAUCCAGAACCCACGGCAUGUCAGGCUCGCCUUCGACCUGGUGAAGUUUGAGCACCCCUACAUCAAGGUGGCAGUGCUGUACGUCACAAAGGGCACACUAGUUUGCGAGACCCCAGAGGACGCCAUGACCGUCGCGAACAAUCUCCUGGACGAGCACGGCAACAAGAAGCAGCUGAGCGCGGUGGCCCUGGAUGGCACCUUCUUCUGCAAGUCUGGUCUGGUGUCGGGGGGAAAGAUAGAGCUGGAGAAGAAGGCGCGGCGCUGGGGGACAAUGAACGUGUUGGCGAUGAGGAAGGAGAGGAACAGUCUGCUGGACAAACUGAGGAAGGCACAGACGAUCGGGAAAGAGGAGUCCGAAAUGAGGAUUUUGGAGUCGCAGGUCAUGGGCUUGAAAAACCAAGUAAAGUACACUGCUGUUGAGGAAGACAAGAUCCUUAAGCAUAUAUCCCAAGUAACCGUGGAAAUGGAGAAGAUGGGAAAGGAAUUGGAGCUAUGCAACGUAACAUACAAAGUAACGAAAGUCAAAGUAGCGGAUCAAGAGGCAAAAAUAAGCCAAGUGGAAACCGAGAUGGAGAAAGUGGAGAAUGAGGUCUUUGCCAGCUUCUGCAAGGAGAUCCGCAUCCCCAGCAUCCGUUUCUAUGAAAAACAGGGCCUCCAGGUCAUGACGGAGAGGGCCAACAAGCGACUGCAGUUCGAGAAGCAGAAGAGUCGCCUUCAGAACCAGAUAAAGUACGAGAGAAGCCGAGACAAGGACGGUGACGUGGAGAGGUGGAGGAGGGUGGUGGAGGUUCAGAGGGCACUAGUGGAGAAGGCCGAGGAGGAGAAGAGGAAGAAGGCUAAGGAGGCAGAGGAGCUGAUGAAGGCCUUUGCCAGGGAGAAGGCCAAGAGGGUGGACAAGGCAAAGGUGGUGCAGGAGACGGAUGAGGAGGUGGAGCUGGCCCAGGAGAAGGCAAGGAAGAUCGGGAGGGAGAGGGCAAAGGUGGAGCAGAAAGUAUUGGCCUGUAAGCAGAAGAUGAAAUCCUUGGAGGUGGAGAGGCUCAACAUUCUGAAGUAUUGCCACAUCAAGGACAUUGAUCUCCCCCUCAAGCGUGGCAGCCUCAAGCACGUAGCACUGCGGGAGGGGGCACCUCUGAGCUCCUCCAGCACGCAGUUCUCCUCCUCCUCCCUUGAAACGCCCUCCUCACUGUUGAAUAUGCAGGGAGGUGAGGCGGAGAUCGAGGUGGACUUUUCCUCCCUGUCCAACGCGCUGAAGAAGGUGGAGAACGAGGAACACCAGAAGGCAUCGGAGAGUCUCAUUCAGCUCAAAAUUAGGUCGUUGGAGAAGAUCCUCUCAUCCAUGCAUCCGCCCAGCAAGAACACAAGUGAGCGGAUGGAGCAGGCCACGGAUCACAUGCGGGAUAUGAAGUUACAACUGAAGGAGAUUCAGCGGCAGGCCAGCGACGCCAAGAAUGCCUUCGAGGAGGUGAAGCAGCGCCGUUACGACCUCUUCAUGGACUGCUUCAACACCGUGGCUGCCAAGAUCGAUGAGGUGUAUAAGGGGCUGUGUCAGAGCAACCAGGCUCAGGCCCUUUUGGAGACAAGUAACCCCGAGGAGCCUUACCUUGGCUCCGUCAUCUACCACUGCAUCCCGCCAGGCAAGCGCUGCCAGGGCAUGUGCAGCCUGUCGGGCGGGGAGAAGUCUGUGGCCGCCCUCGCUUUCCUCUUCGCCCUUCACAGCUACAAGCCGGCCCCAUUCUUCCUGCUGGAUGAGGUGGACGCAGCGCUGGACCCAGGCAACAUUCGCAAGCUGUCCAAGAACAUUAUUCAGCUGAGGCAGAACGUGGCAGUCGUGGUCAUCUCGCACCGCCUCGACCUCUACCACAAGGCUGAUGCUCUCUUCGGGAUCACCUACGAUAUGGUGAAUGACUACGCCCGCAGCAAAGUGUUCUCCCUGGACCUCACGCAGUACAGGAAAGACAGAAGUUGGAGGCCCAGUGAUGGGGAAGAUGGUGGUGAGACGCCCACCAAUGGGAGACAGCGACAGACAGCGCAGUGAUAGGAGAGACAGGGGUGAUCAAGGUGCCCACCGACAGGAGACACAGCAACAGCCAGCGCAGCGAUAGGAGAAGGCGGAGGGAUGAGAGACGCAAGGAUGGGCGAGUCAGUGAUGAAAUACACAGCGCAGGGACACACAGCGACAACCAGCGCAGGGAUAGGAGGAGGUAUAGGGAUGGGAGGGACAGUGAUGAAAUACACAGCGCAGGGACACACAGCGACAACCAGCGCAGCGAUUGGAGGUAUAGGGAUGGGAGGGACAGUGAUGAGAUACACAGCACUGGGACACACCAAAAUACUUUAACGGAAUCUGAUUUCAGGUUUGCUAAGUAUCAUUGCUUUUUCAGUGCCCUGCUUAUGUUUCAGAGAUGCAAGAUAAGUAGCAAUAAAGAGAAGUUAGCAGAGAUUUUCUUUACAUCAUCUGUUCAUCACUUUUUCUUUCUUUAUUUCACAUAUUUCUUUAGUUUUUUUUCUGUUCUUUUUGGAUUGCACAGGGUGGCAGGUGACCCGUGUGUUGGCUCCCUCCCUGGCCCACUGCUGCCCACUCGUUGAAGUUGUGGACAGCGUUUAAACUUUUUACAAACUGUUUCUGUUAAUGGAUUAGAUUGUGGCGCAGGUUAUGCUAUUGGCAGUAUCUCUAUAGACGGAUUAUAGAGUGUAGCAGAGGUUAUGUUGACAAUUUCUUUAUAGAUGGAUUAUAGAUUGUAGCAGAGGUUAUGCUGUUGACAAUUUCUUCACAGGCGAAUUAUAUAGAUUGUGGCAGAGGUUAUGCCUUUCACAAACUGCGGAUGGUUAUUUUUGCUCUAAUUUUCGUUGGUGUGAAUGUCUAAAAUUUGCAGAAGGAUUCACUAUGUUUGUUAUUUGUUUACUUAUAGAUUGUACACUUUAUUUAUUUGCUCUCAUUGGAAGUUCGACUGAUAUAUUUUUGUAAGGAAAGGUAUA